AUGAGCAGAAUCUCAUCUGUUGCCAUAUCGUGCCUCAAGGAGCUCAAAGUCAUCACGUCUUCCGAUGAUUUGAAUGUAUACAGCGCUGAUGUCCCGCAAACACUUUGGCAAGAUGAGCUAGGACGCUUGCGAGUCUGGGCUGCCAAUAUAGGUGCUCACCAAGUUGGCCAGUCUUCCUUGGACCAUCGACUCCGCGAUGCAUCUCAUAUCAAAGACCAGACUCUGCGAGUUCUGAGAAGGUUACAAAGGGUGAUACAGGAUCUUCAUGAUGCGCUCCAGAUGGAAAGUGUAUCCGAGGAUUUUUCAGAUUCGGAGGAUGAGGCGGGCGAAAAAUCAGAGGUUCAGAUAAUCUAUCAAGACCUUCACGAUACGAUCAGCAAUCUCUUUCAGUUAUCAAUGAUCAUUCGAAAACCCGCGCAGCACGACCGACUCUGGGGAACAAAGCGGUCCGAUGCUGCUGGCUUUGAACCUUUCGAUCGGCAACAUGUGCUCAACAAGUAUCCGCAAGCAGAGGCUAGUGUGUUAGAUUGCCUUGGACUAGCUAUCUCACAGCGAAGAGCUAUUCUUCGGUACCGCGAACGACACCAUAUAAAACUUGGGAAAGGCCUCGGUCAAGCUAUUGAGGACCAAUCUGAUGCAGUCUCGACCAACAUCUCAGACACAGUUGCAACCAGUUUUAUCGAAAAGCCUACAACUCAUGUUGAGUUUGACUCUCAAUCAUUCAUCUCUCAAACUUCAUAUGCCCAGACUUUGCUGAGCGGUGAGGAGGGCAUGGUCCUACCGCCGCCUCCCACCGAGGCCGACAAUGGGACUCCAUUUGAAUGCCCAUACUGCUUCGUGAUAAUCAGUAUCUCGGGCGAAAAGGCAUGGGCCCGUCAUGUCUUCAACGAUCUCAUGCCGUACAUUUGUGUGUUUUCAGAUUGCUCAACACCACAUCGUCUUUACGAAAGUCGCCGUGAAUGGUAUUUCCAUUUGCACAAUCAACAUGCUGUCCCCAACGACCCCGGAAGCUACUUCAAUUGCCCUCUUUGCUCGUCACCGGUUGGAACUGGUAAGCAGUUUGAAAGACACGUUGCCAGGCACUUGGAGGAACUCGCGUUAUUUGCUCUACCACGCUCUCAGCCAGAAGUCAACGCUUCUCAAUCCGACCGGGAAUCAACAAGAGGAAUGAUGUUUGACACAGACUCUGAUUCUGACCAAGACUCGCUGCAGCGAGUUCAUGAGUACACAAAUGAGCAGUUCAACUUAGAUGCGGAAAGUCCUGGAAUUGUCCCUGCUUCUCUCGGAUCCCCCGUCAUCGACAAGGUGAUCUCGGACUCAAUUGCGCCCGACGAAGAAGAGAUUUACACCAUCAAAUGCAUAUGUUUGUUCUAUGAUGAUGAUGGUAACACGGUCUACUGCGAAGAGUGUGAUACGUGGCAGCACAUCGUCUGUUAUUACCCAGACAAGCGGGUGCCGGAUGUGCACAACUGCGUUGACUGUAAGCCUCGCCCGUUGGAUGCCCGGCGCGCAGCUAAGCAUCAACACGAACGGCGGAUCCGAGAACGGAGUGUGAACGAUGACCGUGAGAAGCGCUCCAGUGGUGAUGAACCAAUGGACACAAGUGAUGACGGAGACAUAACGUCCUUCUCGAACACGCCUGGAGUACCGUCUUUGGUUCUUAAUCCAAGUAAUCCAAGCAACAUUCGCAAAGUUAGCAAAGGAUGGUUUGAAAUGCCAUUCACGAUGUUCUGCACGACUUGCAAACCACAUAGCCGUAUCGGGCGAGGUACCCGCUUCCUCGCUGAACAAGAAACACUGCAUGCCCGCGUCCAUUCUGAACGACAAGGAGUGAAUGAUCAAGACGAAUCUCCAAAUUAUAGAUGGGUCAUGCAACAUUCGGCGUGUGAGGGCUGGAUUGAGAUUCGGGCAAAUUCGGAUGAUCCCAUACCUAAGGGGAAGUACACGAUCAUCGCUGGUGGGUAUGCGAUGCCAGAACCAAUAUCCGGGGAACCACCCAGGAGAAGCUUCACGAAGGAGAAUCCCACAAGGCAUAUCAUAUUCAUCGACCCGAUGAAAAAUCAAUUUGAGUUUCCUGUUGAGCAAUGCUCCACUUGGCAGGUAUGA